UAAAAUGUCUCUCUCAGAAAGAGAGAUGCAGUUGGGACCUUGGGAACAGAUCUUGACAAAUGGUGCUCUUGAUCCAAGUCUAGUUACUAAAUCUGAGUCCAAACUUAGCAGUAUUAAAUCAGAUAUAGAGGAGGAAGAUAAUUUCUCUGAUGGAGACUUUUCCAAUAAUGAACAACGAGAAGAAAACGGGGUGGUUGCAGCUCAUAAAACUCCGAUACUAGAACUCAGAGAUUAUCAGAAAGAGCUUGCAGAAAAUGCACUUCGAGGUGAUAACACCAUUAUAUGUGCUCCUACCGGGUCAGGCAAGACAAGAGUGGCCACUUACAUCAUCCUGGAGCACUUUAAACAUUCUGAUAGUAAAAAUGUGAAGGUAGCAUUCCUUGCCAAGACGGUACCACUUGCUGUACAACAGUAUAAGUCAUUUUGCAAAUAUCUACCAUCUCAUGAGAUCACACUUCUAACUGGUGACAGUGGAGAAACACUGAGCCUUCACAUGCUUCUCAACUACAGUGAUGUCAUAGUGAUGACACCCCAGAUAUUGGACAACCAUUUGAUGAAGGAUUUGUUACCCAAUCUGGGAGUCUUCACAAUGAUAAUAUUUGAUGAAUGUCAUCACACACGUAAAAAGGAUCCUUACCAAGUUCUGAUGACUUCUUAUCUCAAGUUGAAAGAUAAAAUUCGACUUGCAAAACAGCGGGGUGAAAAAGUCAGCUACAAGUUACCUCAGAUUGUAGGUCUGACAGCAACAAUUGGUAUUGAUAAAGCAGUAAUUGUAGAAGAUGCUGUCAAAAAUAUUUUGAAAGUAUGUGGAAGCCUGGAUGUAGCUAACCUUUCCACUGUUCGCAGAAACAGAGAUGAACUUGCAAAAUAUGUCCCUGUGCCAGAAGAAGUCUUAAUACAGCUUAGGGAACGUGAUGACGAUGAAUCUGCAAGAGAACUUGGCAAAAUCAUGUUGAAAUUAGAGCUUCAACUCAAGCAUCAUGAAAAAGAGCUCAAUGAUGCGGGUUUCGGUGUGAAGCUUUUAAAGGAUCUACCUGUGAAUAGAAAAGAUCAGUCAUAUGAGCAGUGGGCAGUCUUGGCAAAGCAAGACGCAAAAGAAGUAGCCAUUCAUGAUAGAGAAAGGGAAACAAAUUUACAUGUCAGAUUAUCAAUCAUCAUUUUGGAAUACCUAAUUGCAUAUCGUGCUGCCUUGGAGACGUACGACCUUGUUGAAUUAGUGGAUGUAAUUGGCUACUUGGAAAAGUGUUUUCAUGAAUUCAAACAUGAAGAAGGCACAGUUGGAGAAAAUCGAUUCUUUACAUAUUUUCAAGAACUGAAACGCCUUGUACUAUCAAGACAUGGGGAAGAAAAUCCAAAUCUCUGUAUCUUGACAAAAGUCUUGAGGCAUUAUCUGAUUAAAAAAGGAGAAACAUCUCGUGGCAUUAUUUUUGUGAGAACAAGAGCCCUUGCUGAAGCCCUCUCUUCUUGGCUUAAUAGAUGUGGAAUUUCAGCAAUUAGAAAUCUGAAUGCAUGUAGUUUUACUGGUUCAAAUGUCUCUGAGGAAAAAGGAGGUACAUCCCAAGUACACCAGGAAGCCAUAAUCCACCGUUUUAGAUCAGGAGAAAUCCGGCUACUUGUGGCAACAUCUGUGGCAGAAGAAGGUCUUGACAUUCCGGAAUGCAAUUUGGUAAUUAAAUACAACCAUGUUGGCACUGAAGUGACAACAGUGCAGACAAGAGGAAGAAGUCGAGCAUUUGGUGGUGUCUCUGUCUUGCUGGCCAUGGGGAAAAUACUGCAGAGAGAACGCAUCAAUCGUUUCAGAGUGGAACUAAUGAAAGAAGCCAUUGAAAAUAUUCAAGACAUGGACAAAGCCAUGUUUAAAAAGGCAGUUGAAGAUCACCAAACACAGCUGCUUCAAGAUGCCUACAUCGCUGAUCUGUUAAACAGGACCAAGAGAGCACAGUAUCAGUACAUUCCAUUUAGAAUGGUCUGUGCUUGGUGCAGACAAGUGGCAGUUGAUGGCACUCAUGUGAAAGUAGUAGCUGCCAGUAUCCAUGUGUCUACUGACCG